AGUGAACUAAUUGGUUAUUACUUAUAGAUCCAAUCAAUCAUAUUCAAUCGCUCGGUAAGCAUGCUUAGCUGCUUUGCCAUCUUGAUCUUGCCAUACAUACAAGUACCAUGUAAUAAUUAAGUUAUGAAAUUGCAUAACAUUGAUUAUAAUAACUAAAGUAGAAACAGCUAGACAAUGGAGAAUAGUACGCGCGAUAAAAGUGAGGUUAGACUAAUUUCGAAUAAUAUGAAUAUCCGUCGAGACUGAUAAAAGCAGUUACAACUUACAAGUCACAAUCAGCAGGAUUACAUAUUAACAGUUAUGUUUCCGAAAAAUGUCAAGACAACGCUGUUGUGCGGGCCGAAAGACUUGAGUAAAUCCUUUAUGUAUGAGGCUGCGAUGUAUUGGGCGGAAGAGGGACAACAGCUUGUUUACAUUACCCCGAUACUUCUGGAAAAACGACCGGCGAUUUGUCACGACAGAAGAAAUCCAUCAGUCACCGCGCUCAAACUAAUGAGAUUCAUAUAUUUGUCGGAUUACGAAGCUCUCGAGCAACAUCUUUAUAAACUGCAUACCUAUGCAACUAUGGUACCUUCUGUGCUUUUGAUAGAUGAAUUGGAUGAUUAUCUCUUAAGUGAUGAAGCUCCUGGAGAUAAUAAUUCAUGUAUCGCCAAAAUUUGCGCCUUGAUACUCCAUUCGAUGAAUUUAUGUUCACGAAUUUUAGAAAAGAAUGUACAUGUGUGCGUAUGGACCAGUUCUAGCCUCGUCAAUAACUUUAUUCAAACAAUUUACUUUCGCAAUAUCUGGAAUUUAACGAAGAAGGAGGAUGGAAAAGUCAUUUUGAUGAAAAGGUGUUCCAUUAGAUCAUCGUUAGAACGAUCGUACAUAUAUUAUAAAUUCCAAGAUGGGAUGCGAGUUCUUCAACAAAUAUUAGGCGAUUUGAAGAGCAGCUAAAAUCGAUUGGAAUCCAUCUCUGAAAGUGGAAUGACAGUGGCGGGCGACAGGAGGGAAGAAAUAAGAGAAAUUAGGAUUAUUCUGCCGAUAUCAUA